UGGAUAUAUGAUGUUACAUGUCAGAGGCUUUCCUGACACAUAAUGCUUUAAACAGCUCUAACAUUUAUAUACACCUCGCUGAAUGAGACGCACCGACUUUCCCGCCGGGCGCCGGUAGACGGUUUAUGAGAGGAAGCUCAAGGUUCCAGGUGCAGCCAUGCCCGUCUCCCGGCUGUGGGCCGUGGAUGUGUACGGCCGGGUCUACAGCCUGUCCACGGCGGGGCAGCAGUGGGAGCUAUGCCACGACACCCAGAUGGAGUUCAAGCGGGUGACGGCGGCUCAGCAGUGCUGCUGGGGCAUCGCCUGCGACAACAAGAUCUACCUGAACGUCCACGCUUCUGACCUGCCCGUCCGCUACCAGGAGGAGACCUACGAGAAUCAAAGAUGGAAUCCUGUGGAUGGUUUCUCUGAGCGUUUGUUGCCAAGCGACCGCUGGCAGUGGAGUGAUGUCACGGGUCUGCAACACCAACCUCUGGACAGCUUCCAGCUCCCCUCCGGCAGCUGGGAGUGGGAGGGCGACUGGUACGUGGACGAAAACUUUGAGGGGGAACCCACAGAGAAAGCGCAGGGUUGGAGCUAUGCCAUUGACUUCCCUGCCACCUACACCAAAGAUAAAAAGUGGAACUCCUGUGUCCGUCGAAGGCGAUGGCUCCGCUACAGGAGGUACAAAGCCAUGGACACUUGGGCUAAGAUCCCCUCACAGCAGACAUCUCUACCAGAUCCCUUCAGCGACAUCAGCUGUGGAGGGUGGGAGAUCAAUGAGGAGCCCAGGGGCCGGCUGUCUCUGUGGGCUGUGUCCCUGCAGGGCAAGGUGUGGUUCAGAGAGGGCAUUUACCACCACAAUCCUGAGGGCUCAACUUGGGAGGAUGUGCCUCUCCCCGGUGAAGUGGUCCAGAUAAGCUGUGGUCCAGGGGAUCUGAUCUGGGCGGUGCUGUGGGAAGGGCAGUUCAUUGUCAGGGAGGGCAUCAACCGAGACUGCCCCCGAGGUACCUCCUGGGCAGUGGUGGACUCCCCCAGUCCUGAUGUAGGAGCCACACAUGUAGCUGUGGGAGACAACGUUGUUUGGGCUGUGACCAAGGACAACAAAGUGUGGUUCAGGCGUGGCGUGAACUCCCACAACCCCUGUGGCUCCGGCUGGAUCAGCAUGAUUGGAGAAAUGAUCAUGGUCAACGUAGGACUCAACGACCAGGUGUGGGGCAUCAGCUCUGAGGACCGGGCGGUGUACUUUCGACAGGGUGUGACUUCCAGCGAACUGAGUGGGAAAACCUGGAAGGCCAUCAGCGUUCCCAGAGAUGGAGACAGAUCCCAUUCCAGUGCCAGCACCAACAGUCUGCAAAGUGCUGGAUGUUACUUCUGCGGUGAGGUGCGUGGUCAGUCUGCAGUGAGCGAUGUGGAGUCAGACACAGAAAAAGGAUCUACCGAUGAAGCCAGCUGCUUAGCUUCCUCCGUCGCCCCUGAGUCGGUGGUUGAUGCUCCCACAGACCCCUCCGGCCAGCCUGCUGACACCCCUAAACCACGCAUACCUAAGGUCACCAGCGACAGCUUCAUCUCUGAGCUCGUCUCUGACCGAGAACCAGGAAAGCCCACUAGAGUGAUGGGACCAGCUUCUCCUGCUGUCCUGGAGGAGGAGGUCAUCUCCGGAGAAGUAGAGGACAAAGCUCCAUGUGUUGAUGUCGUUCUUUCACCGAGCCAAUCUGGAGGGCCUCUUGACCCCCAGUGGAGUAACGUAGACCUGGAGGAGGCGCAGAACCAGCAUGCCCAAAUUGCAGCGGUGUUGGAUUCCACUGAUACAUGCAGCUUGUCAUCAGUAGCCACAUACACACUCGCCAUGGAGGACCCGUACGGGGCAGAUGAGCACCCUCUGUGGGCGUGGGUCAGCGGAGGAGGCUGCUCUGUGGACAGCCACUCCCAACUCAACUGGUUCAACUGCACCAUGAAUGCUUCAAUGUUAGCCCAGUCGGUCCAGCCCAUGAGUCUGUCUGUCAGUCCAGCCCUGACAGCAGCCUGGAAGAGACAAAUCUUUGAGCAACUCAGUGAAAGAACCAAGAGAGAGAUGGAUAAUUUCAGACAUUAUGAACAAGCCAUAGAACAGUCGGUGUGGGUGAAGAAGGGAACCAUGCAGUGGUGGAGAGACUGGAAGCCUCACAAGUGGGUAGAUGUUCAUUUUGCCCUGGAGCAGUUCUCAGGACCGGAGGGCAACAAGGACGGCAUCCUUUUCAUUUACUACAACUUUUAUGAAGAGAAGAAGUACCUGCAUGCCUUCAUCAAUGAGGUGACCAUCCUGGUUCCUGUGCUAAAUGACUCCAAACACACUUUUGCCAUCUACACGCCUGAGCGCACCAAACAGAGGUGGCCAAUGCGGUUGGCGGCACCCACAGAGCUCGAGAUGCAUGAUUGGCUGGCGUUGCUGAGUGUGUCGUGCUGUGACUCCAGGGGUAUCCAGGGUCCUCCUUCCAAACAGGCAAUCUGGUCCGUGACCUGUAAAGGGGACAUCUUCGUCAGCGAGCCCUCUCCUAACCUGGAGGCCAUGCCCUACCCCACACCCUGCAACCAGAUGUUCUGGCGGCAGGUUGGAGGUCACCUGCGCAGUGUGGAGUGUAACAGCGAUGGGAUAGUGUGGGGGAUCGGUUAUGACCACACUGCCUGGGUCAACACUGGGGGCUAUGGAGGAGGCUUCUUCCAGGGAAUGGCCAGCAGCACCGAUAACAUUUACACACAGACCGAUGUCAAAAGUGUCUGCAUCUAUGAGAACCAGAGGUGGAACCCUGUCACCGGCUACACCAACAGGGGUCUACCUACCGACCGCUACAUGUGGAGUGAUGCAUCAGGACUACAUGAGUGCACAAAAACGAAUAGCAAACCUCCCGCCCCUCAAUGGACAUGGGUGUCUGAAUGGGCAGUUGACUACAGUGUCUCUGGAGGGACGGACCGAGAAGGCUGGCAAUAUGCAGCUGAUUUUCCAGCGUCAUAUCACGGCUAUAAAACGAUGAAGGACUUUGUACGUCGCAGGCGAUGGGCCAGGAAGUGUAAACUGACCACCACAGGACCCUGGCAAGAAAUCCCGCCCAUCCCACUGAGUGACGUGACCAUCCUGCCGUGUGCAGCUCAGAGCAGCGUGGACGUGGUUCCUCUGUGGGGGAUCAGCAAUAAGGGAGAUGUGCUCUGCCGACUGGGAGUCACUGCACUGACACCUGCUGGAUCCUCGUGGCUUCACGUGGGAACUGACCAGCCCUUCAAGUCUAUCUCUAUCGGGGCAGCCAGCCAGGUUUGGGCCAUUGCCAGGGACGGUUCUGCCUUCUACAGGGGAUCUGUCUCUCCGCAGACUCCUGCAGGAGACUGUUGGUACCACAUCCCCUCCCCAACCAAACAGAAGCUGAAGCAGGUGUCUGUGGGGAGGACAUCAGUGUAUACUGUAGAUGAAAAUGGUAACUUGUGGUACCGGCAGGGUUUGACUCCCAGCUACCCUCAGGGCUCCUCCUGGGAACACAUCUCAAAUAAUGUGCGCAAAGUCUCUGUAGGGCCUCUGGACCAGGUGUGGAUCAUAGCAGACAAGGUACAGGGCAGCCACAGCCUGAGCUGUGGGACAGUGUGCCAUCGACUAGGAGUCCAACCCAUGGAACCCAAAGGACAGUCGUGGGACUAUGGCAUUGGGGGUGGAUGGGACCACGUCACAGUGAGAGGGAACUCAAUGGAGCCGCCCCGUGUCCGUCUUCCUUCUCUAACACACCCAUCUGCCUUGGCCCCUCGGAGCCCCCUCCCUGCCAGAAACACAGAGGUCAAUGGAAAUUCUGUGGGAUGUUAGAUACACACAAACACACACAAAGGGGUGAUUACGCUAAGUCAUGACUUGAGUUGAGAAAACACAACAAAGUAACAUAAGUAGUUUACCAAUUGGGGAUGUGCUGCAGCUCUUCAUCAAACACCACCAUCAUCAUCAUCAUCAUCACUGGGGCUGUUUAGGCUUGUACUAUUCCUCCACGCAUUAUUUCUAACUGAUCCAAUGAACAAAGAGCUCUGCUGCAUAAGUGGCCAGUAUAAGAUAAGAUGUUUUUUGAACUGUGAAUCAUGCAAAGCUACUCUGGCAGAGUCCCAGAAUAGAAAUAUAAAGCUGGAAAUGAGCAUUAUAGGUCCCUUUUCAUUAGACAACCUUUAGUUCUCUGACCUGAAUGUUGUUCAUUUGAGCUAGCAUUCAUCUACUCAGUGGAGUAUUUCUGUAUUGCAUUUUUCUUCCAUUGCUGUCUUUCUUUUAUUAAUGUUGUUGAACCCAAUGGUCUUAAUACUCCUGUUCAUCAGGAUGUGAAGUUUCUGUAGGUUUUUGUUGUAUUUGUAUAUAGAGCACUAUACGUAAGGUCAUGGUAAAGGUAGAGGGGUUUAUGGGUGAUUUUUAAAAAUAUAUAUUUUAUGUGUACAAACUAAGAAUUAUAUUUCAAAAAUCCACAUUUUGUUGUAACCUGCUGGCAACAGGUUAACUGUUACAGAGACAUAAGCAAACUGAUAUCUACUGAAGCAUCUAUGUGUCACCCAUAAGUUUCUAAUGCUACAUGUGUAUUUCUUGACUUUUCAAAGCCUACACUGGGGUUUAUUGUGUGCCACAAAUGGUUGGGCAGUGAUGAGAAACCUGUGUGAAAGUGAGUUGGGAUGGGAAGCAACCACUAUGGCAUGGCAUGGAGUGUGAUGGGCUGACACACUUUAAAUCUUAAGUUUUUUUUGUUUGUUUUAAUGGUGCAAGAAGGCACAUUAGAAUGAGUCAAAUUAACAAUUAGAGAGAAGAAAAAGAAGAAGAAAUGUUUUCACUUUGUUAUUUAAUACAGGGAAUUUAGUGGUUUGGUCGGAGCCAGUGUGUAGCAGCAGCUAUAAGAUUAUAAGCCAUGGUGGUUGCCUCCUUCCUCAUACAAACAGUUGACUAAUGUUUUAUGAAGAUUUCGAUGUUCCAAAAAAAACAAAACAAAAUUGGUCAUCCUUAUCAUCCUAAUAUUAUUGAUAUGGUGCAUGUGCAAUGGUCUUAAAUGAGGGAAACUUGGAAAUGUGUGGAUUACUUGUAGAGUCAUGUGGUUGAAUUGUUAAAACUGGACCUUCCUCUUUCUCAGGAGAAUAUUUGCAUUUGCAUGCUGCCUACUUCCUUUGGACUGAUAGUAGUAGAAUGACUGAGCAGUGAGAAAAACUCACAAAAAACACUAUAUUUUUGUUGUAAAUCUGUAAGAUAUUAGUAUUAUACAAGUGUAGUGGUUGUUGCAAUGCUAAUAUAUUAAAAUGAAACAUUGUUUGUACAUUACAAUUAAUUGCAAUGUUUCAUAAAGAAAUGUCCAUAAACCACACACACACACACACACACUGAAUUACAUCUGCUCAGGCAUAAAUGUAUGCUAAAUGGACCUAGAUAUGUAAUAAAGUACUGUCUGAAUAUGAUGCUGUUUGUAUAUGUUGAAAGUGUACAGAGAUCUGUCUGUAUU